CAAGGCAGCACAGAGAGGGGUAGGCGAUGGGGGUUGGUGGCGCGGGCGAGAGGGGUUGGCGCGAGUUCGGUGAGCCCGCGGUUCUCAGGGUGGCUCGUCAGUUCGGCGGACGACCGUGCGAGAGCGCCGUCGCGUGGCAUGAUCGAUCCCUAUCGCUCCUCUCCGCGGCACUCGCGCUGCACCCGAUGGGCGGAACGUGCCACGGCGGCCCGCGGAAACUCGAGUGCCCCGUGCGCGCAAAGGGCGUCACAAAUGGCUGUCGUCGUGGCGAUGACGUCGUGCCGGCUGCUUGUUGCGACGACAUUGUCCAUAGAAUAGUAGGCUGCAGCACCCCAGGUGCGGCGACGCCAGUAGCUUGAUCGGCCUCUUGACGGCGCGUGGAAACAGCGGCGGCAGCGGUGGUGGUAGUGGCGGCGGCGGCGGCGGCGGCGGCGACGGCGGCGGCGGCGGGGGUGAACGGCGACAACGACGACGGGGAAAUCCCUAUCGACCCUAUCCGCGGCGGCUGGCUAACCUUGCGGCUCGUCUCUAGACGUUUCUACCUGAGGCUACGGUGUGCUUCGCGCUCGCCGCCUUCUUCACCCGGGCUCUCCACUGUUUCGUGCGGCCGAACCGCCCCACUCGCUUCGCUUCGCCCGCCCGCGGACCUUGAUCUACGUUGACGCGUGUAACCCGGUCAACCACCCGCUUUGGCACGCGCGACCCGUCGGGCUCGCUUGUCAGCCAGCCAGCAUCCAGCGGUCGGUGACGGCGGUCGGUGUCGCGGUCGGAGCCGCGUGCGUCAAGUGCCGGUCGAGCCUGAUCAAGCCUCAGCCGCGUAACCGCUCACCGGAGAAACGAAAGAUUCAACGGAGAGGCAACUGUCGGACGCGCCGUCGACGAGCACGCCCCACGAAGCGUCGAAGGUGCGAUCGUCCGGAAUGAAACAUUGAGAUAAAGGACGGCGCGCAUUACCGGCGCGCGCGACGUUUACGACGGGCUUCCCCGGUCCCCGGAUAGCCGCAAAACUCGAGCCCGCAGUAAAGAAGCGGUACAUGCGCGACGUGUUCUUCAGCCAAGUAUCGGCAGUUUCCGCCGCUGUCCCCGUAUCGACCGCACAAAGCCCCGCGGGUUUCCGCUCGCGGAAACGACGAUCUGUCCGUCUAACCGGCUGAAUUCAACCUGCGUUGAAUUCGCGCGACAGAAGUCUCGGGAAAUUGCUUUCCUCGAGCGCGACAAUGGACACGUAUCGCGUCGCUCGCACUCGAUCCUCUCUUCCGCGAGCCUCCGAUCUCGCGUAAUUCGUACACGAUUUCGUAGCCGAUGAAAGUAAUCAUGCCUCAAGUUGAUGAUGCAGUCGAACGGUCCUUUUGUCGAGAGCUCGCGCGAGGACAUCGCAAUCGUAUAGAGGGCGUCCUGGCCCGACUGAUGCGAGAUGCAGCGCACAUUAACUCGUGAACAAGAGCGAUCGUCCUAAUAAAUCGAUCGCGAGGUCGCGGACAGAGGGAAAAGAGAAUCGCACGCUCGGUAUCAUCGAGUUCAUCUCUCCCCACAACGGUGGUGUCCGGUUUUUCGUCAUGCGAGCGAAAGUCGGUGGACGAAUGGCGACGUGCGUCGCGUCGGGCUUAUCGUCCGGCUUGUACUCGCUGACCCGGAAGGGCUCGAGAUGAAAGCGCGCGCGUUCGGAUCGCGAAAUGUCGGAAGGGCUGAUCGGAUGAAGAGGACGGGACGGGAAGGGACGACGGCCGAAGAUAUGGCGGCGAGUAUUCGCGGCGGGCAAAGCCGUCGUCGUCGCUCGCCGAUCAUGCUGCUGGUCGUGGCCGCGUGUUGGCUGCUGAUGGCCGGCCCGUGCGCCGGCCAGAAACCCAUCAAUCUUGGCGGCAGCAAGAAGCGCGACGUCUACAUCGCCGGUUUCUUCCCGUACGGCAACCACGUGCCGGAGGGCCACAUCGGCCGCGGCGUCAUGCCCGCGGUGAAGCUCGCGGUGGAGCACAUCAACGAGCACCCGACGAUACUCAGGGACUACCGGCUUCACAUGUGGUGGAACGACACGGAGUGCAGCGCCGCCGUGGGGAUGAAGGCGUUCUUCGACAUGAUGCACAACGGGCCGCACAAGGUGAUACUCUUCGGUGGUGCUUGCACACAAGUCACGGACCCGAUAGCGAAAGCCUCGAAACACUGGCGCCUUACGCAGCUCAGCUACGCAGACACCCAUCCCAUGUUCACAACCAAUAGCUUCCCGAAUUUCUUCAGGGUCGUGCCGUCCGAAAACGCCUUGAACGCGCCGCGAGUGGCGUUGCUGUUGCACUUCAACUGGACGCGGGUCGGCACGAUUUAUCAGAACGAGCCCAGAUACUCACUGGUGCACAAUCGGCUGGUCGCCGAUUUGGACGAGAGCAAGAUGGAACUCGUGGCGACGCUGAGUUUCGCCACGGAGGUGACGUCGGCCCUCGAAAAGCUCAAGGAGAAAGACGUGAGGAUCCUCUUGGGAAAUUUCAACGAGGCAUGGGCCAGGCGAAUAUUCUGCGAGGCUUAUCGUUUCGGCAUAUACGGCAGAAAAUAUCAGUGGGUCAUCAUCGGGACUUACACGAGGGAGUGGUGGUUACGACCGGGCGGCGGAUGCGCACCCUCCGAGCUGUCCGAGGCUCUUCACGGUGUCAUUCUGACGGAUCUGCUUCCGCUGACGACCGAGGAACAGUACACCACGUCCGGGAUCACUCCGGACCAGUACCAGAUCGAGUACGACUCGCGCCGGGGCGGCGAGUACUCCAGGUUCCACGGGUACACGUACGACGGCAUCUGGACGGUCGCCCUGGCCGUGAAGCACGUCGCGCGCAGGAUACGACAUUUCCAUCGCAAUCAGACUAUAUCCGACUUCAGAUACAGAGACGUAUUAUGGGAGAAGCUCUUCCUGGACGCCCUCAGGAAUACAAGCUUCGACGGUGUCACGGGGCCAGUCCGCUUCUACGAUAACGAGAGGAAGGCGUACAUUCUACUAAAGCAAUUCCAAAACGGCCGUGAGGUAAACGUAGGCGAAUACGAUAGCAUAACCGGCGUGCUGGAUCUCACGCGAGGGGAAGCCCUGCUGUGGAAGGGCAGAGCGCCGCCAAAGGACAGAACCGUUCGCAUCAUCGAGCACUCGACCGUGGACAUCACGCUGUAUGCGGUGUUAGCCUCGGUCGCCAGUGUCGGUAUCGUCAUGGCAUCCAUUUUUCUCAUCAUCAAUAUCAGAUACCGAAAUCAAAGAUACAUCAAAAUGUCGUCGCCCUAUCUGAACAACCUCAUCAUCGUCGGCUGCAUGCUGACCUACAGCAGCGUCAUCUUCCUCGGACUGGACUCGCAAUUGUCGAGCGUAACGGCAUUCCCGUAUAUUUGUACGGCUCGAGCGUGGCUGCUGAUGGCCGGUUUCUCGUUAGCCUUCGGCUCCAUGUUCUCGAAAACGUGGCGUGUACACUCCAUAUUCACCGACGUGAAGCUCAAUAAGAAGGUGAUAAAAGAUUACCAGUUGUUCAUGGUGGUCGGGAUAUUGUUGACUAUCGAUCUGUCGAUUAUGACGACGUGGCAAGUGGCCGAUCCGUUCUAUCGGGAGAUCAAGCAAAUGGAGCCCUAUCACCACCCUUCGAGCGACGACAUAAUAAUCGUCCCGGAAAACGAGUAUUGUCAGAGCAAUCAGAUGAAUAUUUAUCUGGGAUGCAUAUAUGCAUACAAAGGCCUUUUAAUGAUAUUCGGUGCCUUUCUGGCAUGGGAAACGCGGCACGUUAGUAUCCCAGCAUUAAAUGACAGUAAAUACGUGGGGAUGAGCGUGUACAACGUUGUUAUAAUGUGCGUCACCGGCGCGGCUAUAAGCUUCGUGCUGACUGACAAACAAGAUGCCAUGUUCAUAAUGCUGGCGGUGUUCAUAAUAUUUUGUAGUACAACCACUCUUUGUCUGGUUUUUAUUCCUAAGGUACGUUUCACGCGUCUUAACUGCGUGGUAUCCACUUCUGAGCGCAUCUCUGAUCUGUCGUGGGUGGUCCGACGUCGGGCGAGAGUGAGAGUCGGUCUUUUGUCGCUUUUGCAGGUAAUAGAGUUACGCAGAAAUCCACAAGGAGUGAUAAAUAAGCGGACCAGGGCGACUCUGAGGCCGAUGUUGAAAAUACGAAGGGACUCGACAGUCAGCGAGCUCGACGAGCGUCUGAAGGAGGCAAAGCUGGCGAAUAAAAAGUUCCGGAAGCAACUGUUGCAAAAGGAUUCCGAGCUUCAGGGAUUUUUGCGGAGGAUGGGCGAGGAGGUCGUGAGCGAGACGCAAGAGACGGUCGACACGCUGCCGGUUCCGAAGCAGGAAGAGGUCGCUAAGAAGGAGGGACCGUCGAUAACCACAGAGACGACCGACAUCUCGAUGUCUAUGUGCAGCCUAAACUCGUCAACCGUGUCUCAGCCGGAGGGCGAUUACGUCAACGUAGAUCAAGUAGCAAAGAAGAGAGCGUCCAUCGCGAAAACCACGUCGAUCACGAUCGACAAUGAACGAAUGGCUAUGACGGCGCAGGCGAUCGAGAAAGCGACCAUCUCUCCGGACAUGGAGACGGUAGCGGACGCGCCGCCGUCGCCGCCGCCGCCGCCGCCGACGACGACCAUAACGACGACGAUGACGACGACGAUGACUAUGACCACGAUGACAACGAUGACGACGCCGACGGCGGCGGCCGCCAUGAUGUACAUGCAACACACCUGCGGCGCGGAGCAGGUGCCGCGACGCAAGAGCGUCCCCGGCGAGGUGAGCAAGAACGGUGAGCCGUUAUUGUUGCGCAACAACCGGAGCCCGGAGCCGCUACCGAACGACAUCGCGAGGACGCGCUACGACUUCGUGCCGCCGGUCGUCGAGGAGAGCGACUCCGUGAUCCUGGAGGAGACCGAGAUCGCGAGGCACGUGUGUCACGUGAGGAGAAGCAGGGACGAGCGCAGGGCGAAACUGUCGACGCCGCCGCCGACCAAGAACGUCUCCUUCGGCGAGCUUCACGAGCAGAGCUACAUCGAGCAAGUGAUCAUGCCGUUUCCGCUGCAGUACGUGUCGAAUCAUCGGCAUUCCGAGAAAUACGAGGAGUCAAUGUCGACCAUCAUCCAGCGCUCCAUGUCGGAGCGCUCGCGGGAGAAGUGCCUGCGGUUGCACAUCGGCGGCGGUCACCCCAUAGUCGAGUGCUCGCACCGUGUCGCUCGCCGCAUGUGCCGGCAUACGGGCUCGAAGCUGCGCCAACAGGCACGGCUGGAGUACGUGCAGAGCACCCCGAACGUGGCGACGAUGCACAACAGCAAACACGCCGUGGCAAAUCCACGUGGCGGGACUGGCGACGUGAACGGUGGUUCCGCGGUGAACGUCUCCAAGAUGUACAGUGCCGUGUCAGACGGUGAACUGCUGGAUCUGACGAUCCUGCCGAUCUUUCAGAAGCUUCUCACCGAGCGGCACAAGAGCACUGCCAGGCGGGGCUAUCGCUCGAACAUAGCCAGUUGCCCGAAUAUAUCCAUCAAAUGCGACAUCGUCGAGUACCUCUAACGGCCAGUACCGGUGACCCGGCACUGCUUCGCUUCGCCGGGUCCUCGCCGCGCCGGACGGCAGCACGCACGUAAAACUCACGUUUCUCUGCUCGUGAAAAAACACUCGUGGACUCACAGUCGGUAGGGUGUGUUAGAAAUCGAUCGUUUAAGUUAAUUAAUUAAUCUGCGCUCUCACGCACACACACAUACACACACACAUACAUACACACGCACAUACAUACAGUGACCACAGAUACACCGGCACAGUCUCGAGCUGAACUCUUUCGGUCGGCGGCGACGACGACGACGACGACGAUGUUUCUCAUGACGGUUACGCAACGUUAUCAGGCGACACGUCGCUUCUAAACCGGACGUAUUUCAGGGGAAUUCUCUCGUUCCGUUAAUUUAUUUAUAAAGACGAUUCAUGGGCCGCGAUAACCUACCUACCUAUCUACCCACCUACCUAUCUACCUACCUACCAACCUACUACUACCUACAAACCUUCCGCGCCACCGCCGCCGGGUUAAUUAUUCGUUCCGUCUCUCGCGUCCUCGCUCUUCAAGCACGGCACUUGACAUCACGAUAAACGAACGAAUGAAAGGACGGGAGACUAGGAAUUAAUAAUGCAAACGCUCUAGUAAUAAUAAUAAUAACGCUCGAAUCGUAUGGUAUUCUCUCUCUCUCUCUCUCUCUCUCUCUCUCUCUCUUUCUCUCUUUCUGUCUUUCUCUCGAGAAAGACAUCGGUGAGUAAACGUAAGAACGACGACUUUUUCUAUGACACACACGGGAUAUUUUCUAGCGGCUACGCGACUCUGUAAGUAACGGCAUACAAUAUAGAAGGCGACGCGUGAGAAAACGGAUGAACCUGAAGUUAAAGUAAGUACUCCCGCAAACUCGCGGAGCUCGUCGAAAUUUCUAUUCCCGCGCGUGUUUCGCUCGUUCGGAUCUUAGGCGUGAACGACGAGCAGUGGGUUGUACGGAUUGCGCGCGAUACUAUCGAGCACACUUAGUUACUUGAACGUCAGUCAAUAGAUCUUGUAUCUCGUUAGCGACGCGGCUGCAGCAUGUUGUGCGAUAUAUGUAGCGAACGUCGCGUGAAAGCAAAGCGAGAAGGAACUCCCGCGAAUAUAUCCGUGGCGCACGUUUUCGGGGAUGAACUCCGGGCGGGAACGUGGAGUGGGGGUCACAGGGAAAGGGAAUGAAGGUCGUCGAUGUAAUCAAUAUAGCUCUCUCGGAGGAGAGGAGGUCGGGGGUGUACGAGCCCUAUAGCAGCGAACAAAUAUUGUUUAAAUAUUUCUUAGUACGACCGAAGAAUAUUUUUGUGACACGACUUUAAACAUUAAACUAUAGUUCUAGUUGAAUGCGGUAUUAAUUAUAUAUAUAUAUAUAUAUAACGAAUAUACCUUCGAGAUAUUUAUAAGACGAGUUAGAGAAAAAAAUAAAUAAAAGAUAUGAUGUUUAUUAGCCGCGGCAGAUCCGGUGAUAGAUUUAAACGUUGACUGUUAUAGCGAUUUUCAUCGUGUAAGGGAUUUUUCAUUCAUGGGAAUGAGAGACAGAAGCGCUGCCGAGGAACGAGGGUGGGAUAGGGGGUUGGGGCGUCGCGUUUAAAGCGUCGCUAUCGGCUAACAAGUGUGUUUUUUCAUAGAGAGUAUAUACAUACACACGUACGCGUACAUACAUACAUUUAUACGUUUGUGUAUAUACAUAUAUAAAUAUAUAAAUAUAUAUACACACAGUGUCCCAGCUCGACUUCAUCUCUCGUGAGAACAUUGAGUGGAUUGAGAUAAACAUAAAUAUAAACAAAUAGUCCAAUAUCAUUUUGCGAUAUUCGCAAUAACUAUCGAGAUAUUAAUUAAAAAAGAUUUGUGUAAAAGAUGACGCUUAAUAUGGUAGAUGAGCUGUA